UGGAAGCACCAGGUGAAGACCUCCACAGAGGCUGAGCACUGCACUCGCUCUUUCCCACCGUCUUCUGUCUCCUUCGCCUUGUGCAUCCAGCUGAUAUAUAUCUGUCUGGUGUCACAUUUACGUCUACAGCAUCAACAGCCUUGACUUCCUCUCCAGUGUGUGUGGCAGCCAGCGAUCACCCAAACUGAUGAGGAUCGGCUGACUGAGUUAAAAAUAAGUUCCUUUUUUCUUAUUUUGCCAAGCGGAAAGAAUGUCGGAAAGGGCCGAGGAUGACGUCAGGGGGGAGCAGCGCCGAGCGGCCAGGCAGCAGCUGAAGCAGCAGCAGAUCCAGCGGGGAGAAGGCUCCACAGCAAUGGCGACUGUUGCGGAGCGGAGAUCCUUGCCUAGUCCAGAAAUAAUGCUGGGACAGCCUUGGAGCAACUGGGUCGACGCCGCCAAACUCCACGGCAACGACGGUGCUGAAUCAGAGGAAAGUUUCAAAGACUUCGGGAAAAAUCGAGAAGCCAUGCGUUUGUGCAGAGAAGACAUGCCCAUAUUUGGCCAGUGUCCCGCACAGGACGACUUCUACCUGGUGAUGUGCAGCCACUGUGGUCAAGUAGUCAAGCCACAAGCCUUCCAAGCACACUACGAGAGAAGACACAGUUCAGCCAGCAAGCCAGCCUCCACCUCGCCCUUCCCCGUGUCGGGCAGGAACCGGAGCAGCAGCAGUGGGCUCGGGCCUGGGGUGGGCUCGGGGUCUGUAGCUGGAAUGGCAACUGGAGGCAUGCUUGGCCGACCUUCCACCGCUGGAUCCAGCUUAUCCUCCUCUUCAACGUCCUCCUCGUCCUCCAAUCCCAAACUCCUCAAACCAGCCAAAGAGAAGCUGCCAGGCAUUCAGCGAAGACCCCCCUUUGCACCCUUCAGGCCGCUCCAGCCUGACAAGACACACCUCACCCCGGCUGUCAAGGUGGAGAAGAUGCACCUGAGGGUAGACUCGUCAGCUAGGCUGGUGCAGGCCCCAUCUGCCCCCACCACCACCUCAUCCUCCUCCACUUCCUCCUCUAGCACCACUGUGAGCUCCAACACUACCACCAUCACCACCUCCUCAUCAUCAGCCCUUAAACCAGGCCUUAACUGUCCCUCCAUACCAAAGCCUCCAUUACUGGCCCCGGGUCAGAUUCCCAACGGCAAGGGCCACCUCUCGGUCCUCUCAGACAAGAAGCAGGACAGCAGCAGCAGUGCCAGUAGCAGACGCCACCUCAGCAAGAAAGUGACAGAACGUGAGUUCAAUCCAGAUAUCCACUGUGGCGUUGUGGAUAUGACAUCUCGGAAACCAUGCACAAGAUCUCUAACAUGCAAGACACAUUCCUUAAGCCAGCGGAGGGCGGUGCCAGGGCGGAGAAAGCGCUUUGACACAUUGCUGGCGGAGCACAAGAACAGAGCAAGGGAGCGGGAGAGGGAAAGAGAACUCCCACAACCCUAUACCCAGCCAAACCCCCCUCUCAGGGACCCACACCCCUCCUCCCACCUCGCCGCAACCCAUGACUCCCACCAGGUGGCUCAUGGCAACGGCCCCGCCCCAGACGCCACUAAGCCUUUGCCAUUUGGCAAGCCCAAAUUUCACAGCCCUGGUCUUCCACGACUAAACAGCAGUCACGGAGGUGGAACCCCCGGAGACCCUGCAGUAGUCCACGAGUCACCACACCAUCCCCAAACUACCCCUGACGGGCUUUCCCGACCCUCUAGUGACGAAGGAGAGAACGAGGAGCGGGAGGAUAGCGCUGACAAACUGGACUGUCACUAUUCAGGUUAUCACCCUCGACCGGCAGCUUACUGUACCUUUGGAAGUCGACUGUUUGGGAGAGGCUGUUACUCCUUUGACCGGCGAUGGGACAGAGUGCGAUGUGCCCUAACCACAAUGAUGGACAAGCAUGUCAACUCUCAGAUGUGGAAGAAAAUCCCCUUGGCCUUGGAGAACUCCUCCUCCGUUGCACCUACCCAUAGGACAAGCACAAAUUCCCACGGUAGCACUCCCUCCUCAGGCUUCCUGGGCCCCCCUGCCACCAUGCCCCAGACUCCUUAUAGCCAAUCCUACGAGGGCAAAUCAGUGCUCUCCUAUGGGACCACCUUAAAUGCCCGCAGCUCCCCACAGGGUGGGGCUGAGCACCCGGCCUACGGCACCACGCAGGCCCGACAAGUGUCUUCGUUGCCGCAGAUGCCUUCAGCCCACUCGUCCUCAUCCUCUUCUUCAGCUCCUUCCCUAGCCUCAGGCCGGGCGCUUAAGUCCCGCUCCUCCGGCAGCAGCACUACCAAGUCGUCAUCGUCCUUCAGGCCCAAGGAGAUCUCCUCUGGCUCCUCCACACUUGUCAUUCCCAACUCCACUGGUGGGGGCAGCAGCGGAGCCAACAGUAACAGUAGCAGCACUAGCUUCAGCUCGGGGAAGAAGAGGAAGAACAGCUCUCUCCUCUCUUCCUCCCAUGGCUCCUCUGAAUCCUCCUCUUCUAAUGCCAACUACUCUUCCUCCUCCUCUUUCAAGAAGAACUGUGCAAAUGUAAGCAGCUCAGGGAGCACCUACCACCACAGCUCAUUAGGUUCUUCAUCCUCAUCGUCAUUAUCCUCCUCCCACAGCGGAGUGCACAGCGUGGGGCUUAACUGCGGCCCCACUGUGCGGACCAACUCACUUAGCCUCAAGGCCGAGCCUUCUGGGGGUUCAGCGGGUGGCUCCUCAGGGCCCCCUGCACGAGGUCCUCCCUCGGGCAGCCCCGCAGAGUCCAUCAAGCGUAUGAGUGUGGUGAUGAACAGCAGUGACUCCACCCUGUCCCUGGGGCCCUUUGUCCAUCACCAGUCCUCAUCCUCAUCUGACCACCACACCAGCUUCAGCCACCACUCCUCAGACGGGCGCCUGGAGGGCAAGAAGCGCAAAAGCUCUCCUGUCUCCAGCAGCAUUAACAGUGGAGGUGGGGGAGGAGGGCUCGGAGGAGGAGGAGGCGGAGGACCUGGGCCAGGUAGACCCAAAGUGGCCAAGUCACCUGCCAUUAACAACAUCCAUGGGAAGCAUGGGCGGAGCAUUCCAGGGACGCAAGGGCUGCCCAACAAUUCCCAUUUACAUCAGCCAAAGGCUCGUCCCUGACAGCGGUGUCCGGCUUCAGUGUAUGGAACCAGCAGGCGGACGGGGAAUAGUCCGGAGCAGUCCGCAUACUGCUCUGGACUGCACGAGGCCUUUUAAAAUCAAACCCACAUUACUCUCAGCUUCCCACAAUCCUCAGGGUGGAGAUGAUCUGGACUGCCCAGUGAAGUCAAUGUGGUCCUUACUAAUUCUCCCAAAGCCAUGUAUGCAUGUGUGUGUGGGUGUGUGUUUGUGUGUGUGUGUGUGGGGGGGGGGGGUGGGGGUGGGGGGGGUGGGGGGGGGGCUUGGUGUCACUGUAUGGGAAUAGAAGAAUGGAGAACCAGGGGUCUAAUGAGUGAGCCAAGGGGACCCACCCCCCCAUCCCCCACAUGCAAGUGUUGUCCCAGUAUUCUGAGAGGUCUUCCUGUCUGCUUGGAAGUAGGAGAAACAAUAGCAGCAGCCAUGGGUCUCUUGAGCAGGGGUUCAGAGCUCAUUGGGUUCAGGUUAAGGGCUGCCGCAACAAGCCGUCGUGACGCUGAGGAACUGGGGAGACGACAAACCGAUCUCUUCCACGUUUGUUAAAGAACGAGCGUGUGAAUGUGUGCGUGCGUGUGUAUGUGUAUGAGUAUUUUUCUCAUGUCAGAUUCUGCUGGACUACUGGAAUUUCCAACUUAAUUACACCCCCAGCGCCUGAUUUCAGAAGCCUUGGAAGGAGAGCAGGAGGAGCAGCAACCUGUUACUUGCAACACCUUAAACAACACACAAUCACCUUGUUGUUUCACUUUUACGUUAGUCUGACUCCAUGGCAACACGCUGAAUAAGGGUCGGGUUACACUCAGCAGCCCGAGACGAGCCCGUAAGGACGAUCUGGUCAAUUCUCUAAUUACCAAGAAUAAUUAUGCAAGUGUUACCUUUUUAUGAUUUCUUAUGAGCUUUUUACACUGAACUACGAAGUCUUUGUAGACGUGAUGAAGACAGUUGUGCUUUCAAAUGUGAAAAGGACACCUGAUGUGCCCAUUCGAUUGAAUCUUUUGUCAGAGAGAUAGCUUGGUUUUGAGGACACCUGUUAAUUUUCUGAAUCUUUUCAUUGUGCAGAAUGAUAGCCACAGCAGACCUACCCCCAACUGUGAACAGCACUAAAUAACUGCUUUCUCCACAGGCACUGCUUAGUUGUCCACAAAGCAAGCCAAAAGCUGCUAUCAGCUUUGCCAACUACUUUUUUUUUUUUUUUUUUUUUAACUAGAAGGUGGGCUGUCUUGCUCAUGAAGCGGUGAUGGUGCAUUGCCUGUGUGGAUAUGAAGAAAAUCUGUGCAAACCAUAUUGCUAUUGCCACAACUUACCUACUUUUUGCCCACACAGCUGUGUAAAAUCCACUGCUGCUUGUGGGCAGAUGUGAAUUGUAAUGUUUUAUUUUUCCUGCAUAGGGAAUCAGGUAUGGUACGUCUUAACUGGAGCAAACUUCAUGCACAUCACCUGUCUUCUGUGGGUAUGAUCAUCCCUCCUUUGCGUAACCACUACCCAAGCUCUGGAUGUUAAAGUUUCAAUGCCUCACCGUAAACACUAUGUUGGUGUGAGUUUAGAAGAGAUUUGUCCCAGUAGAACCGAUAGCCAGACAUUAUACUCUAUUCCUUUUAUCAAAAUGGAGUCUUAAAUCAGGCAAUACUCGCCCAUAUCGUUGGGAUGUUUGCUAAUUUUACGUGGUCUCGAGUGGGUUUUUCUGGUGCGAGAUUCAUGGAGAUGGCUUCACUGGACUUAUUUAAACUUUUGGCAACACCUGUUGAUUAAUGGAACAUCCACUGAUGUCAGAUAGUGUGGAAAAGUAGAGACAAUUUUUUAAAAAAAAGAAUCUUAAUUUAGCUUUUUUUUUUUUUCUCUUGUAGCCUAUGUAUCAAAACAAGUAUUGAAGUAUCCCUAUUUGAGAAUACAUAUUUUGUUAACAAAUUGUACAUAGUGAAAUAUGUAUUUUUGCACAGGCAUUUUUCGUACACGCUGAUUUUUUGGUACAAUUUCAACAAAAAAAAAUUAUUUAUUUAGUUAAAAAAAAAAAAAAAAGAUUAAAAGUCAGAGAACUUGAC